CUUAGGUAUAUGCACAUUUUCGGAGUAGCAUGACAAUUUAUUAUAAAUGGCACAGUUGUUGAAUAUUUCAUUUAAGAAGAACGACCUUUACUCUUCUUGGGGUUUUCAAGUAUGUGGCGGAAGAGACAGUUGGCGACCAUUGACCGUGAGAAAUAUACAAAAUGGCACUUUAGCGUACAACUAUUUGAAUGUUGGUGAUCGUGUUUUAGAGAUCGAUGGUAUAGACUGUUAUUCGUUGACCGAGUCACAGGCAAUCAGUUUUCUUCGAAGACCGAGUAAUUCGAUUGAAUUGUUGAUACUAAAACGACGGGGUGAAAAUGUCGUACCACCCAAAAGAUCAUCGAGUUGUAAAGCUUUACAAAAUUUUGUCUUUCCAAAACCACAAAGUAUAUCAAAACUUAGUACUCCUUCUCACGGCCAAAUUAUCAAUAAUAAUAAUGGUGAAAUUUCAGCAAUUUCAAAAAACCAAUUGCGCGAAUUUGAGGAUUCGGAAGAAUCUCUAAAACUGCAUUUUGAAGAACCUAACAAAGCAUUUAUCUCAGUACCGAUUAAGAAUGACAAUGAAGUAUUACAGUUUUCUAACUUUAAACCUAGAAGGAAUUCGUUACAAAAAGACGGUGAACCCGUUUGCCUCAGAAGUAGAUCGAGUUCACCACAAUUCUGGAAAUUAAAUAUGGAAACUUCGGUCACUGGACUACCUAGUGAUUGUAAAAGUUUUUGGAAAAAAUUAGAAAAAUGUUCAAUGGAAGACUUGAGCGCCCGUCGCACUCCAAGUCCAAUAAGACCAGCAAGUGUGGCUUUCUAUCCCAAAACACCCGAACCUAUUGUUCAGUCACAAGUUGAAAUAGUUUGGCCAAAGAAAAAAGUGACUUUCAGUAAUGUAUUAUUAGAGAGAAAUUAUUUGCAAAUGGAUUUACCAGAUUUAUCUCCUGGAUCAAGAGUCGAUGAAGAAUUCAAUAAAAUAUACAACAGUUCCAGUCAGGAAGAACAGCAUCAAAUAGGAGCGAACGACUUAGCCGAUAGAGAUAUGUCCGCACCACCCCCGCCAGCGCCACCACCACUGCAGUAUUCUGGAGGUACAACUCAAGGUGGUCCACCACCACCUCCACCACCACCAAUGUUGCACAGUGGACACAUUCCAGCUAUUAGAAUAAAAACUGAGCUGAAUGAGCCUAGAGAAAUACCAUCAACUAUACAAAACGCAAUGGCUACUAAAGACAAAAAACCAUUUACGUAUCUUCCUGGUGGAUUAGACUUGAGCGAGAUCAGAAGUCCUCGAAUGCAAAGGCGCUUAGAAAGAAAUGCCCAGACUCCGCCUAGCCCGGAACAAGUACCUCAGAAAUCUCCAGACUAUCAGCAACAACAAGAGGUGAACCUAAACGUUGAACAAAAACCAGUGUGUAACGUGCGCUCUGCCGCAGAAAGAGUAUGUCUAUUGCCUCAAGUUCAGAAACAACCACAAUUGAAUAAAUCGCCCACACCUUGGAUGCAAAAGGCUACGCAAAUUCAACCCUCUCCAGCUCCGUGGACUCAAAACAAAAAAGAAUAUGUUAAUCAGGUUGAUAAAUCAGAAGAACGAGUUUUACCUGUACGAGUUGAAACUAAUAGACAAAUACCAACACAACCGUUGAAGAAUAAUAUAAACCAUUCAUAUGAUUCUGAACCGAUACAAGGACGUUCAUUUAAAGUGCUCCAACAAAUUACCGAGCCAAAAGGAAUGCUUUAUGAUGGUUCUCAGCCCUAUAAUAGCCAGUCAUUACCCUUGUCUGAACUCAGAAAGUUGCAGUUAAGUGAUGACGAUCGAUCUUUCAUGAGUAGGGUUAAAUCUCAAGCUAAUAAUGUAGAUACAGAAAAUCCAAGAUAUAGAGGCGGCUCUAUACCUUCCAAGAUAUUCAAAGUUUUGGAAAAUAGUGUUGACGAUGAUAAAUUUUUACACAACGAAACGGACCCUCGUUACAAAGGUGCGUCGAUUCCAUCUAGAAGCUUUCGAAUGUUGCAAACAUUAACGAACUCUGCACCGGUUCCAAUGGAUAACAACUACAAACAAUCGGUACCGAUUAACAAUUACGUAUCAGUUGAACCUAUAGAAUCCAAAAUGUAUGUACCACCGUCAGAGAGACCUGUCGGCUCGGAACCGCAUAAGUAUACGGGUGGUUCUAUACCAUCCAGAUCAUUCAGAAUGUUACAAGCUAUGACUGGCCAAAAUAACGAAGAAGAAGAACAACAACAAAAUGAUUUACAAAACCUGCAAUCACAUACCCCUUACCCUUUUCUUUGUCCCGAAUUUUGGGAACAUUACAAUUAUCUAAAAGAAUUUCACGAUUGGCAUUGCACCGGUUCUGCAUUUGUGAUCGAUCAGCAGCAACAACAACAACAACAACAAUUCACACUACAACAACCGGUGCAGACCGGCGUCGCGUCGGCGGUAGACAGCACCGUUUAUGCUGGCCACGUGUUGAAUACUAUCGCCGAAGAAGAAGCCGCCGAAGACGAGAUCGCGUGCUCACCAUGCCGUGUGCCGGACAGCGACGAUAGCGAUUCGAGCCAGUGUGAAGUGACGGUAACGGUGACGUUGCCGCCGAAGAGAGCUGCCACCGAGAUGACGGUGAGCGGAGAGCUACAGGAAGGAGUAUCGGCUAGUUCACCGGUGGACUUUUGGCAGCAAAUCAAUAAUGACAGUGCAGAUGGGUCGGCCAACACCGCGUCUACAUCAGAUAGCGAUGACGGAUGUUCAAAUGACGAAAAACCGUCGGACGCCGUUUGUCUGCCGGAGAACCUACCGGAGAAAUCAUUGGGUGCCAAUAAUUGUCUGUUCGACGACGAUGCGGUCGGUGACUGCCGCCAACCAUCGGAUCGCGACGACGACGCUGACUCGGGCAUUAUUACAACAACGUCAUCAGCCGACACGGCAAGCCGGCCGACUUCAGACAAAGAUACGGUCGGUGGCGGCAGGACCGGAGGCGUCAGUUCGAAGAAAUAUCAAAGAACGUGCACGCACUCGCGCCUCUUCGACUUUUUGCAGCGCAACGAUGACGACGACGACGACAACGACGACGUUGAUGGCGCAGACUUCAGCAAAGGUGGUACGGACGGGAGAAACAAACCCCCGCCGCCGCCGCUGUCGUUGUCUUGCACUUCCGGUUACUCGUCGGCGGCUACCACACCGUCCACGCCGUCCAUCGUCGGAAGAAGCCGGACUUACGAAUCGGACUCGGCCCGGACGGAAUAUGACAGUUACUACAAGAGCUGGGAGUACGCUUGCCCGUAUUUCGGAUACGACAUUCUGCCGUCGAAGGCAUUCAAGACUAUCGCGACGCAAUUGCAGGGCGGAGGCGGUUCUGCGGCAGACUGCAAGCCCACGACGACUACCACCACCAAGUUCAAGUGUCCCAAAAUUCCUACUGAAAAGGACGAAUCUUGAACACGUCUUUUGUCCAAUCCCUAUACCCCCGCACUUUUCAUUUCUAUCGUUUGGGUUUUUUUACGAUUUUAUAAGGUAAUUUAGGUGAAUCCGAUUUCUGAUGAUUUGGAAUUACGGUAACUACAAUCAAACUGCUUUUACGUUAAAUGAUUUAUAUUUUUACGGUUUACACAUUUUUGCUAUAAUCAUAAAUGUAUAAAUAAUUUUAACUAUUUAGUAUUGUAGGUAAAUUGAAGUUAUAUUAACACAUAAUUCUAACUUAAUAUAUUUAUGUCUAUAUUAUAAAUACAUAUAUUGUAAUAAAAACGAAUAAGUUUUAAAUCACGAAUCAAAAUUUUCUUCAGUUGUUCUUAAGUAUUAUGUUUGUGGGUGUGCUUGUUAUAGCUAGGUGAAUGAGCCCGUCGAUUUUCAAAAGAACUAAUAAAAAUCCUGAAUUGAUGUACA